AAACAACAGAGAUGAACAUAUGAGGUGUUUAAUUGAUUUUCCUUGAAGGGCUUUCAUUUUUGUAACUUUUGCCUCUAUAUAUUUUUGGUUGAAAAAUGCACAAGCAACCAGGAAAAUUGAAGCUAAUAACUGCUGUUGGCGACUCUGCUUAUUACUUGCUUUUUGAAUUAAUCGAAGAAGUUGGGUAUGAUAAAAAAUUUGCAAUGCCCGGCUAAACCACUUGCUAAUAGAUACCAACAGAUGGAGAAACUGACACAGACAGAGACAAAGACACAGAACAAAAUCUAUUUUCAUUACAACCACACUGAUUCUUGCAAGUCUUUUAGAUGGACAGCCAGGGAAAGCUUUCAAUUCAUGUAUGCAAGGCCCUGGCAAGAAGUCUCUGAUUUCUAUUCGAAUGUGGUGAAUGGCCGCUUGUCAUUUUUGGAGUUAUUUCGAAGUCAGAUUAUUUCUUCCGCAGAUGCAUUUUGUUCGUGAUGAUGCCAAAAUUCAAGAGGAUUCUAAUAAAACUGAAUUAGAGCAUUUUUCAAAUGAAGAUAGGUUUGGAAGGUGGGCAAGAGUAAAUUUCAAGAUAGAUCUUUCUUACCAUGGUGGAUCAUUUGAUGGGUGGCAAAAACAGCCUGGUUUGAACACUGUUCAAGGCUUAGUGGAAAAGUCACUUGGGAAAUUUGUUGAUGAGAAGAAAGCUCAGCAGCUAAAAGAAGCAUGUAAGCCCCUGGAAGGUUGUGCUGUUGUAGCGGGGCGCACUGAUAAAGGUGUCUCAGCUCUUCGACAAGUUUGUUCUUUCUAUACUUGGAGAAAGGAUGUGAGACCUCAUGAGAUUGAAGAUGCAAUCAACAGUUCAGCACCUGGGAAAAUAAGGGUUAUAUCUGUUUCUGAGGUUUCACGUGUGUUCCAUCCUAAUUUUUCUGCCAAAUGGAGGCGCUAUUUGUACAUUUUUCCUAUUAAUGAUGGAGAAGAUAGUGAGCAAAGCUUUGACAGCGAGGAUCUUGAAAAUCUGAGAUCUUAUGAGAAAUAUGACGAGCAAAGAAAUGGUUGCGCUGAGCUUACUAGUGAAGAGCAUGUUGAGGAAUUAAUUACUAGUGAUAAGGAUGAGCUUGAAGGUGCAAAGAAACCUAGGAUUUUCAGUAUAUGCAGGGUUAACCAGCUUUUGCAACAACUAGAAGGAAAGUUAUUGUCCUAUAAAAUAUUUGCACGGGACACCAAAGCUUCAAGAAAUGUAGGUCCACCAACAGAGUGCUUCAUUUAUCAUGCUCGAGCAACAGAAGCCAGAUUACCAUGUCCUGACCAUGGGGAAGGAAGAAAAGUUAUGUGUGUUGAGCUGGUUGCUAAUCGCUUCCUACGCAAGAUGGUCCGGGUUCUCGUGGCAACAUCGAUAAGGGAAGCAGCUGCAGGUGCAGAAGAUGAUGCCUUACUGAAGCUGAUGGAUGCUUCAUGCAGACGCGCCAGCGCUCCCCCAGCGCCUCCGGACGGUCUUUGUCUGUUCGAUGUAGGAUAUACUGAAUUUGAUGCACAGAUAUGCAUUGUUCCGUGAAGUAUACUAAUGCUAACAAUCAUUCAAAUUUUAAUUGUCUCUCUUAUUUUCUCAGAGAAGGUUUAAGUCUGUUUUUAGGAUAAAUGGCAGUGUCCCACAUUUAGAGAUAUCUUUAGAUCAAAUUGGAUAGCAUUUGAUACUUUCUAACAAUAUGUAAUGAAAAUGUUUUAUGGUCUAAUUAAGGUAUCUUUUGAUUCUCUUUGUGAAGAA